AAAUAAAAUUUUUAUUGAUUGUUUUCCAUUUGUGCCGCGAAAACAGAAACCCUUACAUCUGAACAGAACAUUUUCAACCCGAGAGUCCUUAAAAGAUCCGAACAGACUAGACGACACCGAUACCACCGUCCAACUCUCCGAUUGCUUUCUUUUGCCAAAACAAUCCCGAACUUCACUCCCUUCUUUAUCCCGAAAAUUGAUCUUGCUUGCCUUUUGCGUACACUUUCCAGAAUUUUUGUUUCAAAUCAGCCCCGCUCCCUCCGAUGCAUUAUUAGGGUUUUCGAGUUUCUCAAUUCACGGUUUUUUCCUCAGUUUUUGACAAUUUGGCUCCAAAUAAUCUCUCCAGCUCCCUUGUGACCCCCAAAAGACUGAUUUCGAUUUCAAUUGCGUCUCAUCUAGGGUUUAGCAAGCUCAUAGCGUUCCCCGCCCCAAAAUAAAGGCCCUAAUUGCCAAAUUCCAAAUGGUGGUUCUCUCCGACAAUGGUUUUCUUUAAAUGGGUUUGCGAUUUCUAGGGUAUAAAAUUCCCGGGUCGAUCAAUGGGUGCCCGAACGACCAACCGUAAGCGCGGUGACGAGUGCUUGAGCUUCAAUCACACUUAUCCCUAUCAGAAUUCCUUAGAUUUUCACGUUUCAAAGAAACCCAGGUUCUCAUCCAUCCAUCAGACCCCGGUCCGACCCAUUGUUUCCUCGAUUAGCACCGUUGCAAGGCUUUCUCGGUACCCCGAAGCAACACCACGGCUGGGUAGAGAAGUCCACGCCCCUUGUAGAAUACUCAAUUACGGGUUUUCCUCAACGUGUUUGAAUCGGAACUCGGGGCCGAGGACUAGUGGGAUUUAUAUAAAGGAGGAGCCCCUUGAUGAAAUGGGCAGUACUUUGAGUUACAAGUACAAUAAGGCGAAGAAUAUUGCACUCCGAACGAUUCGGUACUUGACAAAGGAGAAAGAGAAGGAAGUGAUCGAAAUAGAUACGGAUAAUCAAAAGUAUGGGGGAGUGUCUGAAGACUCGAGUAUUGAGGAAGUUGAAGUCCUGGAAGAUGGGCGAGGUGGCCGGUCCGAGGUGUCGGAACAUAGGGAGGUCGACAAUGGGGUUGUGGCUAAUGUACAGGAUGCACAUGCCAAGGUUUUGGAUCGUGGGCUUUUGCCAUCAUCGUCUUCAGCCGUUUCAGACUUGACAAAUGGGAAUAAUUUGCGAGUGGACGAUGCGGAGAAAAUGUUGGAUUCUCUGCAGCUGAAUCCUGAGCGUGAUAUGAGUGUCUCGGCAUUCAGGAAGUUACUUGAGGUUGCAGAGAGGCGGAAUCCGAAGUUGAGAAGCUUGAGUUUUGAGAUUGAGCUAAAUGAAGAGCGUAGGUCUAUGUUUCAAUCAUUGCGUCCAGCAAAGAAACCGGUGGAGGAUGUACCUGGAGAACCUUUCCUGCCUCUUACAAAGGAAGAAGAGGCUGAAGUUGAACGUGCAUUUAACUCCAACAGGCGGAAGGUGUUAGUCACUCAUGAAAACUCGAAUAUUGAGAUUACGGGAGAAAUUCUGCAGUGCCUUAGACCGGGUGCAUGGUUAAAUGAUGAGGUCAUAAAUGUGUACCUAGAGUUGCUGAAAGAGAGGGAAAAUAGAGAGCCACAAAAGUAUCUGAAGUGCCAUUUCUUCAACACAUUUUUCUAUAAAAAGUUAAUAAGUGGGAAGAAUGGAUACGAUUAUAAAUCUGUCAGAAGAUGGACAAGCCAAAGGAAAUUGGGAUAUGGCCUCAUUCAUUGUGACAAAAUAUUUGUCCCUAUCCACAGAGAGAUACAUUGGUGCUUGGCAGUUAUUAAUAGGAAAGAUGAGAAGUUCCAAUAUCUCGAUUCACUUCGAGGGAUGGACAACAAAGUGCUGAAAGUACUGGCUAGAUAUUUUGUGGAUGAAGUGAAGGAUAAGAGUGGAAAAGAUGUCGAUGUAAGUUCCUGGAAACAAGAAUUCGUUGAAGACCUUCCUGAACAGGAGAAUGGGUUUGACUGUGGGAUGUUUAUGAUCAAAUAUGCUGACUUUUAUAGCAGAGAUAUUGGCCUUUGUUUCAACCAGGCACACAUGCCAUAUUUUCGGCAGAGGACUGCAAAGGAGAUUCUUAGAUUGAGAGCUGACUAAUUGAAAAUGUCAGCAUGUUGCUUUAGAUUAUGCAUGGUGCCCAAUUGAAUGAUGAGUAUGAAAUUGGUAGCCUUUGCCCUUUGGAAGAGAUGCCUUCACUUAUAUCAAGGAUCUUUCUGGUUCGUUCAAAUGAAGGAUCAAGGGUAUCCUGGUGAGCUGAUUUAGGAGUGGCAUCCCAGGCAGCAUACAAGUCUGGAGUGGUAACUUGUAUAUA